AUGGCGUUCCGGUGUCAGCGCGACAGCUACGCCCGGGAGUUCACCACCACCGUGGUCUCCUGCCGCCCCGCGGAGCUGCAGACCGAAGGGAGCAAAGGCCAAAAGGAAGUGCUGAGCGGCUUCCAGGUGGUGCUGGAGGACACGCUGCUUUUCCCCGAGGGCGGGGGACAGCCUGAUGACCAUGGCACGAUCAAUGGCAUCUCCGUGCUGAGAGUGACCCGCCGCGGGGCCGAGGCCGAUCAUUUCACACAGACGCCCUUGGCCCCGGGCACUGAGGUCCACGUCCAGGUGGACUGGGAGCGGAGGUUUGACCACAUGCAGCAGCAUUCAGGGCAGCAUCUCAUCACAGCAGUUGCUGAUCAUCUGUUUGGGCUGAAAACAACGUCCUGGGAGUUAGGGCGACUCCGGAGUGUGAUUGAGCUGGACAGCCCCUCCGUGACCGUAGAGCAAGUAGCUGCCAUCGAGCAGAGUGUCAACGAAAAAAUCAGAGAUCGGCUGCCCGUGAAUGUGCGAGAACUGAGCCUCGAUGACCCUGAGGUGGAGCAGGUGCGGGGCCGGGGCUUGCCAGAUGACCAUGCUGGGCCCAUUCGAGUUGUUACCAUCAAGGAUGUUGAUUCCAACAUGUGCUGUGGGACCCACGUGAGCAAUCUCAGUGACCUGCAGGUCAUUAAAAUUCUGGGCACCGAGAAGGGGAAAAAGAACAAAACCAACCUGAUAUUUCUGGCUGGGAACCGUGUGCUGAAGUGGAUGGAGAGAAGCUAUGGCGCUGAAAAGGCACUGACCGCGCUGCUGAAGUGUGGUGCAGAGGACCACGUGGAAGCCGUGAGAAAGCUGCAGAACUCCACCAAGCUCCUGCAGAAGAACAACCUGAAUCUGCUGAGAGACCUGGCUGUGCACAUUGCCCGCGGCCUCAGGAACAGCCCGGACUGCGGAGGUGUGGUCACAUUGCACAGGAAGGAGGGCGAUUCUGAGUUCAUGAAUAUCAUUGCCAACGAGAUUGGGUCAGAGGACACCCUCCUGCUCCUAACUGUGGGCGACGAGAAAGGCGCUGGGCUCUUCUUACUGGCAGGGCCAGCUGAGGCCGUGGAGACCCUGGGACCCAGGGUGGCUGAGGUGCUGGAAGGCAAAGGGGCAGGGAAGAAAGGCCGCUUUCAGGGGAAGGCCUCCAAGAUGAGCCGGCGGGCAGAGGCGCAGGCGCUUCUCCGGGACUACGUGGGCACGCCGAGCGCUGAGGAGUGA